AUUAUGAGUAUCAUUUUAUCGCUUUUUAUUCAAUGAAUGACACGUGAAAUCAAGCAAUGAGAAUGACUGGAUCGGAGUCAACGCCUCCCGAAGGAGCUCCACGGAGUUGGUCCGGAAGCUACUUCGGGAGAUUGAGAACUGUUUUUGAACCAGAACGGUACGCGCUGAGGCCCAGAAUUAUUUGCACUAGCAUCGUGAUUGGGGUCAGACCUUGCGUAUAUACCCGGGCGUGGUACCCUCGUGAAACGCCUUUUUUUACGCUGGUCAAACUUAGCGAAUUCAUUGGCGAACGCGCGCCAUACCAUGCGGCUUCGCAGUUCGUGGCGAGACGGAUUUCCCUUGGUCUCUCUUUGCUGAUCUUCAUCGUUUUCCAGGAUCCCGGAAUUUUCGGCUUCCGAGAUUUCCCGGGAACUUGUGCAACUCGUGCAACUUUUGCACGUUUUUGUUGCGAAUCACGAGGGUACGGCCGAGUUGCACGGCGAGUUGCACGGUGCAACUCGCCGUGCAACUAUCACAAUAAUUCGCGCCGAACCAGGAGAGUACGGGCCUUUCGAGAUGUCCCGGAAACCUGCGCAACUCGUGCAACUUUUGCACGUUUUGCGUUGCGAAUCGCGAUGGUAUGGCCCGAGUUGCACGGCAGGUUGAACGGUGCAACUCGCUGUGCAACUAGCCCUACACUUUGCGCCGAACCAGGGCGGUAUGGGCCGUGUUUCGAUUCGACUUGUGCUAAUCGCUCAACUUCGGCAGUUUUGUUGUGCGAACCACGGCGCGCCCGCUUUCCCAACUUCCACGCGGGACCGCGCUGGCGCAUGUGGGCAGUAUUACCAGCGCGCGCACGCUGGCUGCUGCGCAUGUGGGGGAUGUGUCCACUGUGUCGCGCUGAGAAUGGGCAUGCGCAUGUCGGCUGUGUCUCCUCUUCGGUUGGUUGUUGUUGGUUGUCAAUUGGGUUACCGUUCUGACGUAUUGGCAACCAACUUGAAAACUGGCGCACUGCCAACGAGACAACUUGACAACCAACCCACAACCAGCACCGCCGUCGCGAACGUCCUCGGCACGCCCGCCCGAGUAUCACGGCUCCGCUUCCGGGAAUGUGAUGGCGCGCGCGGGCAGUAUUGCCGCUGCGCCUCUCUUUCCCUUCGGCCCGCGCCACAGCACUACUGUUGGGGGCGCUUUGAGGCCCGUCCGCCGCCGCCGCGCGCGGGCGCCCCAGUGUGGUGGGCCUUGUUCCCCGCCGCUCUGCAUUACGGCUCGGGCCCUGCGGUUGCGGCCCCUCGGGCGGACGAGCGGACCACCCCCAGAACAGUCACCAACGAGGGGACCGGCCAGGCGCCCAACAGAAGCAAGCGGCGCAAUGGUUCGGUCCGUGGUGAGGCCCGGGGGCACAAUAGCUGUGAUCAACAAAAGCCCCGCACUGGUUAUGUCCGUGAUGAGGCCCGCGGGCACAAUAGCUGAAGUUCCCCCCCCUCCCAAACAAGAUGGCAAACCAGCGGGCCACCCACAACACCCCCCCCCGCCCAACGAACCACCAAUGCGGGCGGCCCGGAAGCCAGGCGCACCACACGUGGGCGGCUCCCUGCCUGCCCGCGGCCAAAAGCGGGCGGAGUAGGCCAGCAAGGCAACCGGCCCUAAGCCCCAAAGGCUAGGGCAGGCCGCCUCUUUUCCCCAAAACUGAAACCAUCCAAACGGGCGUGACGGUGGGGCCUCCCCAAGCUUUCCCCUUCCCGGGAGUCAGGUAACUACGAAGGCGGAGGCCCAUUCCGGACCUGUUAGGGCGGGAGUGGGGGCCCCCUUCGAGUGGGGGCGGCAGGGAGGUGGGGCCCCCUUGUGGGCAAAGAGGGCCGCGGGGGCCGGGGCCCCCCUCCAGGCGCGGUACCCAGCGGCCGGGAGGGCGGGAGCCGGGGGGCCCCCCCUGCAGGCGCGAUACCCAGCGGGUGCGCGGGGGGGGGCGGGCAAGGAGGCGGGGGCCCCCUGCGCGUGGCCAGUGAAAGAGGGAGGCCGGCGGGGGCCCCCCUGCGGGCGGGCCGGGAGGCGGGGGCCCCCCUGUGGGGAGGAUACCCAGCAGGCGGGAGGGCGGGAGCCGGGGACGGGGGCCCCCCUGUGGGGAGGAUACCCAGCGGGCGAAAGGAAGGGAGGCGGGGGCCCCCUGUUUUCCCCGACGGUAUGCUCGACGCAAAAAUAGCAACCUUCAGCGUGCCGCCGUGUUAAAAAGUCUGGGCCUCAGCGCGUACCGGUCUCUUUUGAAAACCUAUGAUGCUUACAAAUGAUGGUCCUAUGAUUCGAGAGCCCGUAACUGCUGAUGGAAACUAUUCUUCUACACCACCUAGCAAGGAAUAAACUACAAAGAAGAAAGCCGCUACAAGCGGGGCGCAGCCCGUAGCACCCUUUCUGCAGUCGUUGCUUUUUCUUCCUUAGGUCGUGUUUGAGUUGUUGUGUCGCGACUUUUCCUUCUCGUGUCGUUCUUUCUUCAGCUUUUGUCAAAACCUGCUGCCGCGUCUGUGCAGCGAAAAGCAGUAAUAGCUCCCUGGAGUUUUAUUUUGUGCGAAAUUCAAAUUUUUAGGAUUACGGUUGCAUCAUAAAUGCUAAAACCGUAUCGAAAGAGGAAUUCCACCCGCUGUUUGCAAGAAAAAGAAACAGGAAGCUUCGCGCAUUGAAAAAAGAAUGUUUAUAUUAUAGUUUUCACUACUAUAAGUAAACCAACUUUAUUACCCCCAGCACUUCGGCCCCACCUUGUGCUUGUGCAGAGUCGAGCGUUGCGUUGUUAAAGCGCAAGCCGACACUCGAACUCGAAAAGAAAAACCAAAAUCGCUAGCUGCACACGUAGUUUUUUUUCUUUUACCGAAGAUGAGCCAAGCUUUUUAUGAGAGCGAGGCGAAAGACAGCUUGGUUUUUUCUUCAGGAAUUACCGGCAGCAUAUUACAAGGAAAUUUUAAAAAAAGAACAUUAUCUGGUACUUGUACGUAUUCUUGAAUUAUAUCACGACGACUUUCUUUAUCCCGGUUUUAAUAUUGCCUUGCAAAUUAUCAAUCGGAAAACGAAAACAAAACUCAUAAUACCAUAUGCUUUGUUUCAGGCCGACCGCAAUGUAAAAGUUGACUUUGGCGACGAAAUUGAAAAACUCUCCUAGUCUUUCGACCCAGUUAUCUUGAGAAAAGCACUAUGAGCCAGCCUCUUGACGAAGAGACUGAAGACGAAGCCCAGUAGAUGAAGAGUCAGCAAUCAAUGAUGAAUUUACGUAUGUAAUAUUUGUU